CUUAACUGCAGCAACAGUACCUUUUGUGAUACCCAUCAGCAUCAUUCAUUGUGCAAGUUUGGGUUUGUAACCAUGAUGUCAAGAUUGUUUUUUCUACUUUUCUGUGGACAUGUUGCACUAAACCUGGGAAAUGCUCAGAAAUUGCCAAGAGUUAAGAGACAAAGUCUGAAAGUGCAGAUUAACACAACUGGUGACACCAUUUGCAUGAAAUAUCUUCGGCCAAAUCCAAACACCAAACUCGAAGGUUUCAUUGUGGGGUAUGGAAGUAGCUUCUACUCCAACCAAUAUAUUCCUUUGCCCACAGAUGGAAAAUCCUACAUGACUGAAGUUGAUGCAGAGCCAAGGUACUUGAUUGUAGUGCGACCUGCACGCACUUCAAAUAAGAAAACCUGCUCAGGUCAGACCAAGAUGUCCAAACCUCUGCAACUGGUAGUUGGCACUUUGACCCCAUCCUCUGUCUUCCUUUCCUGGGGCAUCCUAGUCAAUCCACAUCAUGACUGGACUGCAAUGAGUAACUGUGCUAGUGACAGGUUUUAUACAGUUCGCUACAGAGAAAAGGAUAAAAACAAGAAGUGGGCUUUCCAGCUUUGCCCAGCUACUGAGACAGUGGUGGAAAAUCUGAAGCCCAACACACUAUAUGAAUUUGGAGUUAAAGACAACACAGAAGAUGGGAUUUGGAGCAAGAGUUUCAAUCACAAGACUGUUCUAUCUAGUAAAUCAAUAAGUGGACAACUCCAGAAUACCUACAAGGUGGUACCUAAUGGCCAAACUCAGCUCACACUGCGAGAUCCUAAGAAUCUUGUCCCUGUUACAAUUAUCAAGCAAGUCAUUCAAAAUAUCACACAACGGACCUCACCUAAAACCACAGACAGAGACAGAUCCUCUCUGCCAAUACUAGUGCAUCUUAUCAUUCCAGGUCUCAAUGAAAGCCUGAAAAAACUCCCUCCUGCCCUGUCGAUAGACGAUAUAUCUCAAACAAUCGAGAAAAAAUUCUCAAAGAAUGAAACUCAGUUGUGGCCUGCUGAAUCUAAAACACCAGAAGUGCAAGAACUCUCCCCACAGUCCCUCCCAGGUACCAGUGAACCACUCCAGGAAAGCAUUAUGCCUACUGUGCCUGGUGCCCUAGAAAAAUCAGAGGCAUCUUUGGCUCACAGUGACAGUGUACUGGAUUCUGCAAAACCUAGUAUGACCCCUAAGCCUGAAUUGCCAUUGAAUAAACUGGCUCACAGUGAGAGAGCCAGUAGACUUGAAGAAACUAAAUCAACUUCUAAACCUGAACUGGCACACACUCCAACCACUCUGGCUACAAGCAAGCUUCCAGAACUUCCUAAAACAAAAACAUCUCCCCCACUACGAAAACCUGCAGGAACAUUGGUUACAAGCAAGCUUCCAGAACUUCCUAAAACCAAAACCUCUCCCCCACUUCUAAAGCCCACAGGAACAUUGGUUACAAGCAAGCUUCCAGAAUUUCCUAAAACUAAAACAUCGCCUCCACUUCUCAAGCCCACAGGAUCAUUGGUUACAAGCAAGCUUCCAGAAGACCCUAAAAUUAAAACAUCUCCCCCAAUUCAAAAGCCCACAAAAUCAUUGGCUACAAGCAAACUUCCAGAGUUUCUUGUCACUAAAACAUCUCUCCCACUUCAAAAGCCCACAGAAUCACUGGUUACAAGCAAGCUUCAAGAACUACCCAAAACCAAAACCUUUCCCCCACUUCUAAAGCCCACAGCAACAUUGGCUUCUAAAGAAAUGCAGCCGAUUUGUUCUGGAUCUAAACCUUCCGAUCUUCCAAAAAUGCCACAGACAAAACCUGCUAUCCUGAGACCAACUUCGCAAUCCACAUCUCUCCCUCCCAUGGAAACCCCAAGGACAUCAAUGGCUUUUGAUGAAACACAGCUUGUUUCUUCAACAGCCAAAAUGCCUGGCACCCCAGAAUUGCCACCGACUGAAUCUGUAACUGUUCGAACAACUCUCAGACCUGUUACACCUGGUGCUAGUAAAAAGGAGUUUGCUACAAAUAGUGCUGAACUGGAAACAUCUAUGCCUCUAAUUUCCAGAAUACCUCAUUUGUUAGGAACAACAAUGGUUUUCACUGAUAAGCAACCUGUUCUUUCAAGCCCCACAACAUCUGAUGAGCCUGAAAUUUCAGAUCCCAAACCAGAAAAAAGUGAACUUCCUUUGGAUUCUCCCACUGCUAAAGUCUCUAAUCUUCUUAAAUGGCCAAAGGCAACAUUGGCUCCAAAUGAAACAUCACUUGUUCCUUCUAAACUGAAACCAUCUGCUACUCCAGAAGUACAGCAUGUGAAACCGGCCCCUAAACCACCACUUUUGGAGCGUAGUACGCCUAAAACUUCUAGGAUUACUGACUGGCCAAAAACAACACUAGCUCCCAGGGAAACAAAGUUCAUUCCUUCUACAACUAAACCAACUGCCAGACCCAAAAUGCCACGAACUAGACCUGCUCCCAGUAAAGCAAAACCUACUCCUUCCAAACCUAAAGUCUCUCUCCAACCAGAAGAACCUAAGACAAAACCUGCAGCAACCAGGGAAUCUGUUCGUGUUCCAGUCACUACUAAAGUUUCCCACACCCUUGAACAUCCAAAGGCAACAAUGGCAUCAUAUGAGCCACAGCACACUCCAUCCAAAUCUAAAGCAUCAACAAGUGCCGUGCCAGAAAUGACAUAUAGCGAACCUGAAUCAAGUGAAACACAGUUCAUACCUUUGACGGCAAAAUCAUCUGUUGAGCCCAAAAUGCCUCAAUCUAAAGCUGUCCUGGAACCUAUUACACUUAGAACUGAACCACCAAGGUCAGCAAUAGCUCCAAAAGAAACACAACAUGUUCCUUCUAGGCCUAAACCAACACCCAAAACUCACAUACCUCAGACUAAACCUGUCCUGGAUCGUAUUACACUUAGAACAGAACGACCAAAGACUGCAAUAGCUCCAAAAGAAACACGACGUGUUCCUUCCAAACCUAAAGCAACGCAGAGCCCAGAGAUGCUAUCAACCAAACCUGUGCUGGAACCCAUUACAUUUAGAACUGAAAAACCAAAGGCAACACUAGCUCCUAAAGAUGCACGGCGUGUAUACUCCAAACCUUCCAAAACAGUACCCAGCCCAGGAGCGCCACCAACCAAAGCUGGUCCCAAAGAGACUCGACGUGUCCCACUGAAACCUAAAACAACAUCCAGCCCAGAUGUACCACAGGCAAAAACUGUUUUGGCACCUAUUGCAAUUACAACUGAACAACCAAAGCCAACAUUAGCUCCAAAAGAGACUCAGUAUGUUCCUUCCAAGCCUAAACCAUCACCUACCCUAGACGUACCACAGACCAAACCUGAAUUUAUCUCCAAUUUUUUUCCAGCCGAAAUCAUUCCAUCCCUCCAAGAACCAGUCACUACUAUAACUCCUGAACAAACAAAGGCAGCGCUUGCUCCAAAAGAAACACGGCUCGUUCCUUCCAAACCCAAAACAUCUCUCAGACCAGAAGGACCACAGACUAAAGCUGCUCCAAAAACAACAUCCUUUGGAUCAAUUAACCUUCAUCUUGUUCACAUUGUUGAUGGGUCGAAAGUGACUUUGGUUCCAAAUGAAACAACUCAGACUUCCUUCAAUCCCAAAACUGCUCGAACACCUGAAAAUCCACUGUUGAAAACUGCUUCCGAUGUGGUUCAUACAGGAACCUCUUCACCUAAAAUAACAAAACCAUUUGGCAAGCCAGAGGCAACCCUGGCACCACGUAAAGUACAGCUCCCCUCUGGAAGAGCAAAGGCAUCUGAUAAGCCACACAGCAGACCUGCUUUAAGCAGAACUACACCAGGACCUGGUAGAACAAAAACACCUGGCGUCCUGAGAUGGGAUAGACCAACAACAGAUGGUCUCACAGAAGAGGAUAUUGUCAAGUUUACUGGCAAGGACUUAGGCAUAUCAUGGGAAUCUAGUGUUUCAAAGAAAAGGCCAAUCUCUGAAAUGUUGCCACCUGAUCCUCAGCAUCCUCCUCUUGCUCCUGCCAAACCCACGCAAGUGCGAAGAAAACCAUUGCCUCCAAGCACUGUGACUGGUAAACCAGGGAGUCCAGUAAAUGUCUUGGUGCCACAAGUUCCUCCUUCUCCCAUGACCACUAUGACCCGAUAUGCAAAACCAACUAAUUCUGUGAAGACAGGAGCACCCAGAAAAUCUCCAACAGCUUCUGCUACUCCAGAAGAUUUUGUUGGUGCAACUGUCUUCAGCUCAAGCCCUACAUCAGAGACGGAUUCAUUGGGCAAACCUCGAUACACAGCCCCUCACGUCAAGUAUAUGAAAAAAGAGGAAGAUGUGCCAUGUUCCAUCACAAGUUCACUUGAAUAUUUCCCACAAGAGGAAGGUGGCAGCAAGGAAGAACCUGCUCAUCCUCCACAAAAUCCUCCUACUAACCUCACUGUGGUGACUGUUGAAGGCUGCCCUUCCUUUGUUAUCUUGGACUGGGAAAAACCAGACAACGACACAGUUACCGAGUAUGAGGUUGUAUCAACUGAAAAUGGAGCACCUACUGGGAAAAACCAGUCAAUUAUUACUACAAAUCAAACUCAUUCUGCAGUGGAAAACCUAAAGCCUGAUACAAGCUAUGAAUUCCAGGUGAAACCCAGGAACCCUCUCGGUGAAGGUCCAAGCAGCAAUACAGUGGCGUUUAAUACUGAAUCAGCGGACCCAAGAGUGAGCGAGCCAAUUUCAAUGGGAAAAGAUGCCAUCUGGACUCAAAUCCCAUUUGAAUCUGACUCCUAUUCAGAGUGCAAAGGGAAACAAUAUGUCAAGAGGACCUGGUACAAGAAGUUUGUGGGAGUGCAGCUGUGUAACUCCCUGAGAUAUAAGAUAUACCUCAGUGAUUCGCUUACAGGAAAAUUUUACAACAUAGGUGACCAGAGAGGACAUGGAGAAGAUCAUUGCCAAUUUGUGGACUCAUUUCUAGAUGGAAGGACAGGACAGCAAGUUCCGCCAGAACAGCUACCAGCCAAAAGUGGCUUUUUCAGAGCAGUUCGCCAGGAGCCUGUCAAGUUCGGCAAAAUAGGGGGUGAGACGCAUAUUAACUAUGUUCAUUGGUAUGAGUGCGGAACUUCAAUACCCGGAAAAUGGUAGAUGCUGCAUGAACUUGAUCAUGAAAAAUUCCCAUCAUUAGACCCACCUGCCUUCCCCGAAACAAGCUCAGAGAUGGAAGAGUUUAUGAUAUUCCUGUCAUUUAAACAAGUUUGCUAACGUGUAAAAGUUCGUAAAAAUCUAAUGACAAUACUGCAUUGUGUAAUAGCCUAGGCUGCUUACUGUAUUUAUCCAGUUUUACAAAUUUGUUUUAGGUUAAAACAAGGUAAGGAUAUGUUGUAGGAUAAUGUCUGGGGAAGCUGGCUCCCUGUUCUUGGUAUCGUAAGGUACGGUUUAUAUGGUAUUUUAAAAGAUUCGGUGUGUAUAUUAUUUAUCACAAUGUUGUAAUGAAUGUUCUGAGGCACAAUUGUGGCAAAGUUGACCAGGAAACUGCAAUAUGCAUUAAUUUUAAAUAUUCACUGUUUUUAUCAUAAUAUAUAAUGCCAUGUGCUUCUUGUCCAGGUGCUUCUGUAGUCUUGGGCUAUUUCCCCACUCUACUUAAACUGUAGAUUCAAAAAAAACCAAACAAACAAUAAAAGACACAAGCGCAGCUUGUAGAAGUCUA